AUGGCGGCGCGACACCUUGUCCCUCCAUGGGCGCCGACGUAUGACAUGCGAUUAUCGAGCGCGGCCAUGCCAUGCAACUACUCUGGCUUUUUCGACGUGCCUACGGCGGCUCAAUGGGGGCUUGCCGACUUUGACUGGUCCAACGCCAAGCUCGUCUGGGUGAACGACAAGCCGAUGGACUGCGAGGCCCUGCUCGCGCGGCAGGCGGAGGCGGUCAAGGCGGCCAGUCCGUCCACUCGGAUCUUUGUGUACCGAAACCUCGUCAAGGCGCUCCCGUGGUUCGGCUCAGUGCGAGAGAAGCUCGAGGACCCCGCGUACUCCGGCUGGUUCUUGCACUAUCGAACGAGCGGCGGCGCCAACUUCUCGUCGCCCGAGUGCACUGGCCGAAAAUGCAGCCGGCUCUUCCAUGACCAGGACCAGACGCCGUCGACGGACAUCGCGGCCGACGGUCGCUGCUUCGAGGAGUGCGACUGCGGCAGGUCAUUGCCGUGCGGCGAGUACUUGUGGGAUCACCGCAACAGCUCGCUUCGCCAGUGGCUGCUCGAAGAGUACGUCUUUGGACCCAGUGCACUCGGCCACGGAGGGAUCGACGGCCUCUUCCUGGACGACGAGUGGUAUGAUUCACCGCUGCCCAACCCUUCGUGGGGGCCUCCCGAGGGCUUCUGCACGGCGAGCCCCUACGGCGGACCCUCCGAAGUCCACCCAGGAUGCGUCGCGGACAUGGGUCUCUCGCAUGCGGACGUGAGAGCCAUCACCGCCGGCUGGCUGCAGACGCUGUCGCAGGUGCACGCGGCCGCGCUCGAGGCGGGGCGCUGGAUCUACCAGCUCUUUCGCACGGUGGGCGCGCCGCCUCGAGCCGCAGAAGAGUGCGCCGCGUACUUCCGCGACGCCUGUCGCGCGGACAGCCAGGCGCAGCUCUCCGCCACGCUGUUCAGCUUCUCGGGCGCCCAGUCGAGGCCGCUUCCCUCGCCGACCGACGACGUCGCCGCCUUCCUGCUGACGCGAGGCCCGUAUGGCUGGAUCGGCUUCGGAUGGGUGGGCUGCGUCAGCUGCAACCUGACCGCGGAGGAUCCGCGCGGCCUAUGCGACCCAGCCGGGGCGUACGAGCGCCCCUCCGAGCUCGACGCGGACUAUGGCGAGCCGCGCGAGCUGUGCGCCGAGACGUCGACCUCUUCGCGCGUCUUUGCGCGCGAGUGGAGCAAGGCCCACGUCUCGUUCGACUGCAACUCGUGGAAGGGCACGAUCGAGUCUCGACUACCGUUGAGCAGCCAACGCUGA